CAGUCGGGGGUGUUUAAUGGCUCGUGCCAGGUUGUUAUUUGGGUUGGUGCCCAUUGAGGAGGGGACCGUCAAGGCGCACGGGUCGUCGUCGGUCGGACGGACAGUAGUGCAACGCGGCGGCCGGGACACGCACCCACCAUGCACAAGAAGCACAAGAAAUCGGGCGGCAAGAACAAGAACAAGCACCAGCAGCAGCUGCAGCUCAAGAGGUCGCCUGGAGAUGACGAGCAGGAGCAAAAGACUGAGCUCAUUGAAAAUCAGCAGAAGGAUGAGUCAACAACCCCCGCAGAGGAGGGCGUCGAGGGGGUGCCCGGUCCUGUCGAAAUUCGCAAUUCAGAAGUCAUGGGAAGGUAUUUGGUAGCUACCCGUGAUCUCCGUCCUGGCGAAUGGAUCUUGCGCAACCUGGAGCCUUUGGUUGUUGGACCCUGCCAGGGUGGUCUGCCCUCCCUUUGUCUCGGCUGUCACGAACCUCUGCAGCUGCCCCUUCGAUUAGGAUUUCACUGCCCAGACUGCGGGUUGCCCUUGUGCAGCUCAAAGUGCCCUGGUUCUUAUCACACGUCGGAAUGCGACCUUCUGAAGGAAGGAGGCGCCACUCCUCUCGCACCUGAACUUCUUGACCUGCGCCCUGAACUCUACAAUGCCAUUGUUCCGCUCAGGGCUCUGGCACUGAGGGACUCUCACCCUGACAAAUGGACCGUCAUGAUGAGGAUGGAAGCACACAAUGAAAUCAGAAAAACACGGCCAAACAUUUGGCACGCAAACCAGCAGUUGGUCGUGGAACCGAUCAGGACCACGUGGAAACUGGCCGACCGCUUUUCCGAGGAAGAAAUCCACACAGUGUGCGGCAUUCUGGAGGUGAACGCUUUCGAGGUCGGUCCUCAGGGCCGCAGCGUCCGCGCCCUUUACCCUGGGGCGUACUUAAUGGCCCAUGACUGCACGCCCAACACAAGCCACACGGACGACAGUACCAGCCGCCUCUCGGUGCGUGCCGGGUUGAAAAUCAGCAAGGGCGAGUCCAUCACCCUGAGCUACGCCUACACCCUCCAGGGCACCCUGCGGAGGCGGCAGCACCUUCGCGAGGGCAAGUUCUUUGAUUGCGUGUGUCGCAGGUGCUCGGACAAAACGGAACUCGGCACUUUUUGCAGUGCUCUCCUGUGUCCAAAGUGCGGCGCCCCUCGCGUCCUACCCUCGGACCCGCUCAACGACCAGGCGCCGUGGGAGUGCGUUGCGUGUGGAAGUUACUCGGCCAACGCAACCUCCGUCGAUUUGCUGCUGCGGCGCCUUGGAGACGAAGCUGAAGCCAUCGAUGUCGAUGACGUGCCCGCCUUUGAAAAGUUCCUCGUCAAGUACUCGAAACUGUUGCCGCCCAGCCACUAUUUGCUGCUGGGAGUGAAACACUCGCUGUGCCAGUUGUACGGGAAGGUAGCAGAGUAUCUCAUAUCAGAUUUGAGCGAUGACAUGCUCGAAAGGAAGAAAGACAUCUGCGAAGAACUGAUGCCAAUUUUCGACGUUCUCGAGCCUGGCAUGUCAAGAUUAAGAGGCAUGACUUUAUAUGAACUCCACGCUCCUCUUAUGGUUUUGGCGACGAGAGCAUUUGAGGCCCGAAACAUCAACAAGAAGGACUUGCAGUACCAGAUGAAAAAGGUCGCCCAGUGUCUGGAACAGGCGGCAGAAAUUCUCAAACUGGACCCCGAAGGAUCUUCUGAGAGACAGAUGGCCGACGCCGCGGCCCAAGCGUUGGUCCAGGUGAACGAGUGGCGCAAACAGAUCGCCAACAAGAAGUGAUUAAAGCACCCAACUAAUUACUGUGUUAAAAAGAAAUCGAACUUGACUCCCAACCAAUCUUAUUCCCCAUAGCUUUAAAUUUCAUUCGAGGGUCUGUGAAAUUUCAGAAAAUUCCACUUUUCGAUCCUGAUAAAUCAAAAACUCAACCAACAAAUAGGAAAAUAUUUUUGGACUAAAUUUUUUUGCUGGAAGAAAAAUUCAAAAAUCUUUCACUUGGAAAGUUUUUUGUUAUUCUUGUCCUAAAAGUGAUAUGAUAAAAUUCAUCUUAAAUAUUUUGCACAGAAUUUAUAAGGUUUUGUUAUAAUAUUGUACUAUCUUAUUUAUUUUACCAAAUUCCAGACCCUUCUAAUCAGAUUUAUGGACCGUUGUGAGCAUUUAAGAGCCUUAUUUUAAUUUAUUUGGAAAUUGACGGCUCUAAAUCUGUUGAUAUGGGGCUUGCAAAAGAAACUUGUCAAUCUGGAAAAUUGGCAAUCUGCAUAAAAAAUUGGCACUUUUUAGACUCGUAAAAUGACCAAUCCCCAUAACAUAAGAUGAGCCUCUUUAUAACCUUGUUUUCCAGACUAAAUUUUACUACCAUUCCCUUAUUUUUCCUUUAUUCGUUUAGUUUAAGACCAACACUUUAAUAUCGCAAGUAACGUAUAAGGACCCAAGAUAUAAAACCAAAGACAAAUUGGAAUUCCCUCUUCUCACCCAACUCAGUCAGUAGGUUUCUCUUUUUGUACCCCGGCGAAAUGGUGUGUCUAAUAAACAAGGCAACCGCCGCUUUAGGACAACACACACAACAA